AUGUCUUCAAUUCCUAUCAAAUAUGGCGCAAUGCCGAAGGAACUGCCCACGGACGACCCUGACGACGUUCUCUUCAAUUCUCUCUACGGUGUACGGACCGUUGAACUGAAUCGACCCAAAAAACUCAAUUCUCUUAAUGGAUCAAUGGCAAGAAAGAUACUUCCCCGUCUCAGAGAAUGGGAAAAGUCACAAAUGGCAAAUGUAAUCCUCAUCAGCGGAGCUGGACCAAAGGCAUUCUGUGCUGGUGGUGAUGUAGCAGAACUUGCCCUGCAGAAUAAAGAGGGGCCAGAAGGCCAGCAAAAAUCAGCAGAUUACUUUGAGCUCGAAUACAAGCUGGAUCAUCUGAUUGCAACCUACAGCAAGCCAUACAUUGCCAUUAUGGAUGGAAUCACCAUGGGGGGUGGUGUUGGUCUGUCAGUCCAUGCUCCUUUCCGAAUCGCUACUGAAAAGACGGUCUUUGCCAUGCCUGAAACUACUAUCGGCUUCUUCCCUGAUGUUGGUGGAAGCUUCUUCUUGCCUCGCUUGGAUGGGGAAAUUGGCACAUAUCUCGCAUUGACGUCCGAACGGCUGCAUGGUGUUCAAGCGCUUUACGCUGGUAUUGCAACCCACUACCUUGACAGUUCUCUGUUGGCACAAGUGACGACGCGAUUGUCUGAACUUGUUUUCAAGGAUGAUGCAAUGCUCUCAACACGACUCCAACUCAUUGACGCCACCAUCGCUGAAUUUACCAGCCAUCUGCCAUCACCAGACUCGUAUGAGGAUGCAAAAUAUGGUAAUCUUACUGGCUCACUACGCGAAGCAAUCGACCGUACAUUCAGAUACAAUACAGUUGAGGAAAUCCUGAGUGCUCUCCAGAAAGAAGCCAAUUCAGCAGAUGAGAAGAUCGCUGAAUGGGCCAAAAUAACCCAAAAAACAAUUGCAUUGAGAUCUCCCACAAGUCUUCGUGUUACUUUGCGACAACUGAGAGAAGGGAAAAACUGGAAUAUCAGUGAGACCUUUGUCCGAGAGCACAAAAUUGCCGCCAGAUUCAUGGCACAUCCUGAUUUCGUGGAAGGUGUUUCAGCCCGACUCAUUAACCGACCGCCCACAAAGCCCCAAUGGCAACCUGGAAGCCUUGAAGAAGUAUCGAAGGUCGACGUGGACGAAUUCUUCACGGAGCCCACAAAUCAGGAUGCCAUGACGUUAUUGGAACCAUUCAAAGGUGCACUCCCACAAGACUAUAUAGAUUACCCUCACGCCGUAUUCGCCCUGCCACGAGAAUCAGACAUCGAAGGCUUCGUCAAGAGCUAUGGCAGACAAGGCGCAAAGAAGGUCAUUGAUGAAAUCGUCAAGAGGUGGAACAACAAGGCAGGUGCCAGAGAGAAAGUUCAAGAAGUUAUUACACGAAUGACUACUUCGAACGAGGGCGAGAAGGGUAUUUCGUGGAAGAGUCGACGUGCCAAUUUAUAG